UUUGAGAUCAAGGUCGCCAAUGCCAAGACCAAGGCAAAAGAAGUGGCGCUCGCUAGCAUGAUGACGGGGGUGGAGAUCAUGAAGGUGGACCUGAACACCGUGUUGACGAGGAAGAGGCCAUGGUUCGAGAAUAUCCAGGCCGACAUGCUUAAGUUCGACGACGAGUGAUCUAUGGCGGAGAGCGCCAUCCCUUUUUUUAUGCCGGCAAGUGUGCUGGCAUGACCACGGCUGAGAUGGCGUGGUCGAAUUCCUUUUUGUGUGCUGGAUGUAUGCUGGCCGCUGGCAAAUGCGCCAGGGUGUUUUUUUUUUAGGCUAACAUUGUAUGCCAGUUGCUGGCAUGAUACCGGUAUGAACUUUGGGCGAUGACAUGGCCGCUAGUAUGAUCUAUGAUCGUGGACCUUUUAAAUUUAUGCGCGGACAUGACAUAGGUCGUGCGCGCCAACCCAAAACAAAACAAAAACAGGACGGAUGCUGAGCGGACGACUGAGCGAAACAAACGAAAAGCGGACAAAGUAUGUGCCUGUUCGGGUCGACGCGUUGGAAUUGCUCCUACAAGCAGUAAGUCGUCUCAACGUACUUUGCUUGAUCUAGCAUGCAUCCAGCCCGGACGUGCCUUUUCGUAAGUUUGGGAGGUAUAAAUCGUGGCGUGGCGUGACUUGGUAUGGCGUGCAUGAGUUAUGUCAACUUUCAGCUUUUGGACUGAUGAGUGGUUCAGUGGAGUGGAGUGGAGCUUGCUCGUUCCUUUCCUUUCCUUGCUUAGUACGGUAAUCAACAAAACAGACAUGCAUCAUCAAUAAGAGUUCCACAUCAUCUGAUUGCCCGGCAAACAGCAGCGAUAGAGCAGCACACCGGCGGCCUCUUUGCAAGGCCAAGGCAAUGGCGUCCCCUUCCACGUCCACCAUCUUCUCCACCCUUCUUCUCUUCCUGAUGCAUUUCAACACCUCUCCGGCGACGGCCUUCUACCUCCCGGGGAGCUACCCGCACCGCUACCUCCCGGGCGAGGCCCUCGCCGCCAAGGUGAAUUCGCUCACCUCGCCGUCCUCCAAGCUGCCGUUCCCCUACUACUCCCUCCCCUUCUGCGCGCCGCAGGGCGGUGUCAACCGCGCCGCCGAGAGCCUCGGCGAGCUCCUCCUCGGGGACCGCAUCGAGACGUCGCCCUACCGCUUCUCCAUGCUCACCAACAGCACCGCCGCCUUGUUCCUCUGCCGCACCGACCCGGUCUCCCCCGCCGCCGCCGACCUCAUCAGGUCCCGCAUCGACGACGCCUACCACGUCAACCUCCUCCUCGACACGCUCCCCGUCGUCCGGUACGUGAAUAAUCCCAUCGCGCCGGACGUGCUGCUCCGGUCCACGGGUUUCCCCGUCGGCGUGCGCGCCGACGACGGGGAGUACUACGUCUACAACCACCUCAGGCUCACGGUUCUGGUCAACAAGCAGAGGAACGGCACCACAAGGGUGGAGGCCUUGAUGGCCACCGCCGACGCGUCUGAGCUCAUCGGCUUAUCCGGCGGCGGCGGCGGUGGGUACAGCGUCGUCGGGUUCGAGGUGGUGCCGUGCAGCGUGGAGCACGACGAGGCGGCCGUCGGCGACAAGAAGAUGUACGACGGCUUCUCGUCCAAGGCGGCCGCCGGGUGCGACCCUUCUGUGGUGGGCAUGCGCGUGCAGGCCAACAGGCCGCUGGCCUUCUCGUACGAGGUGGCCUUCGUGGAGAGCGCCGUGGAGUGGCCGUCGCGCUGGGACGCGUACCUGGAGAUGGGCGGCGCCCAGGUGCACUGGUUCUCCAUCCUCAACUCCAUCGUGGUGGUGGCGUUCCUGGCGGCCAUCGUGCUGGUCAUCCUGCUGCGCACCGUGCGGCGCGACCUGGCGCAGUACGAGGAGCUCGGCAGCGAGGCGGCGCCGCACGCGGACGACAUGGCCGGGUGGAAGCUCGUGGCCGGGGACGCGUUCCGGGAGCCCAGCCACCCGGUGCUCCUGUGCGUGAUGGUGGGCGACGGCGUGCGCAUCCUGGGCAUGGGCGUGGUCACCAUCCUGUUCGCGGCGCUCGGGUUCAUGUCGCCGGCGUCCCGGGGCGCGCUCGUGACCGGCAUGCUCUGCUUGUACCUCGUCCUGGGCCUCGCGGCCGGGUACACGUCCGUGCGGCUGUGGAAGACGGUGCGGCACGGCGACAGCUCCGGGUGGAAGGCCGUGGCGUGGCGGGCCUCGUUCGUGUUCCCGGGCAUCGGGUUCUCCGUCUUCACCGCGCUCAACUGCGUGCUCUGGUACAACGGCAGCACGGGCGCUGUGCCGUUCGCGCUGUUCGUGGUGCUGAUCCUGCUCUGGUUCUUCGUGUCGGUGCCGCUGACCCUGGCCGGCGGCCUGCUGGCGUCGCGCGUGCGCGGCCACGUGGAGUACCCCGUGAAGACGAACAAGAUCGCGCGGCAGGUGCCGGCGGCGCAGUGCUCGCCGUGGGUUUUCGUGGCGGUGGCGGGGACGCUGCCGUUCGGGACGCUCUUCAUCGAGCUCUUCUUCAUCAUGUCGAGCCUGUGGCUGGGGCGGGUGUACUACGUGUUCGGGUUCCUGCUGGUGGUGCUGGGGCUGCUGGUGGCGGUGUGUGCGGAGGUGUCGGUGGUGCUCACGUACAUGGGGCUGUGCGUGGAGGACUGGCGGUGGUGGUGGCGCUCCUUCUUCGCCUCCGGCUCCGUGGCCGCCUACAUCCUCGGGUACGCCGUGUACUACCUGGUGUUCGACCUGCACAGCCUCAGCGGCCCGGUGUCCGCCGCGCUCUACGUCGGGUACUCGCUGCUCAUGGCGCUCGCCGUCAUGCUGGCCACCGGCGCCGUCGGGCUUGGCGCCUCCUUCUGCUUCGUCUACUACCUCUUCUCCACCGUCAAGCUCGACUGAUGACCCCCGUGUUGUUUCCUGUCAUUUUAGAUUAUCUUUUUUCUUGCCUGACGGUAACAUUUCAGAUUUUAAUCUCUGUUGUAAAAAAAAUACUCAUCGAAGCAAAGAUAAUAAACAGGGGUAAAUUCCUAUUCGAAAAACACCA